UCUGCCUUGAAGGUUUCAAUUGAGCAUCUAAAUAGAGUUCUCACCAGAGGACACAUGGGUUAUCCCGACCGCUCACCACCGCCUCGAUUGAGCGGCUAUUUGCGCCGUUUUGGCCAUGUGAGUCACGCCCAUGAGCGAUGGAUCCACGUGUCCGAUCAGGACACAGGUGUGGCUGACGAGGCCCGUGCUGAGCCUUUGCAACAACGUCGUCGUCAAGCCAACCAACCGGCCAGAUAUCGCGAUGAUUGCGAUAUUGGAAGUCCGUCGUCUUGGAUUUGGUCUGAGGUGCAGGCCCUCGGCCUGAGUGCAGCUAAUGCUAGCCGAGUGCGUGGCUUUGUGCGGGAAGCUCUAGGCGACGACCUUGGUUCAACUGUGUUAGAUGAGGCGUCCGUCGAAGUCCUGAGCAUGACGCUUCCUCAAGCUGAAUUCACUCUUCAUUUCCAUGGCCAACUCAAAACUCUCCUAGGCCCGCUCAGCUUGGAACAAGGCCGGGAGCUCCACACCUUGGUCCACCAAAGCGUGUCAGAUCUCAAGCCAGACCGCCUCUCUUCACUACAAAGAUACCUGACGUCUCGAGAAUUUGUCGCGAAGAAAGGCUGUCAUCGUGCGGUUUUUGGCGAAAACUUGGCGUUUGAAUCUGUCCUUGACCGGCGUCUGGUUGGGCCUCGAGAUUGGGACGCCCUGGUUCAGGUGACGGAUGAGGCUUACAAUUUGCGGCGCGACAUCACUUUCGAACUGAGGUCAGGUGCUCAAGGUUUAUUAGCGUCUGAAGGUCCCGUUCUUCAAUUUGACUUGGCUUGGUUGGAAAGCAUCUUGGAAACUGCGUUUGGCCCCAAGCAUCCCACUGGGUUGUCGUUGAACGAGUUAGUGCAAGCCCUGAUUGAAAUCCUCGGCUCAGCCCGCUCUUCUGAUGAAUUGCAGACUGAGAUGUUCGAAUGGAUAGGCUUCGAUCACUUUGAACUGAUACAGCAACUCUUGGAGCAUCGAAGCGAACUUACUCGUUCCCAUCGGGAAAGUUUGGGUAACAUGCGCCAGGAAAUCAUUUCUGCAGCGGCUAGGGCCCAACCGCACCUUAUUGCACCUGAAAUGGCCAUGCCCACUUAUGGCUGUCAAGUAAUGGUUCAAUCGGAGGAAGAACGGCAGAUGAAGAAACAAGCGCGGAAGGAGGAGAAAAAAAUUCAAAGAAUUCUCAACAAACUUGACGGCGAGGGAGACCAUUUUGAGACCCGUGAUCCAACUUCUAUGUUCGACCCGGUAGAUCUACGCACCAAACGUCAAGCAGCUUUAACUAAUGCUCAAAUGCAGCCUCUUUUCAAAGAAUCGAAAGAGCUGAGGGAUGGCAUGGCUGUAGAACCAAAGCUACCUUUUGUAUUUGACAGCUUGGCUCAAACCAAAUCCGCAGCGGGGUUUGUUCAAGGUGUGAAAUUGCAACUUCCAUCCGGAUUUGAGCGGAAAGAUGAAAAAAAGUUCGAGGAGUACACAUUGCCCGCAGUAGGCGCUUCUCCAGUGAGCACCGGGAAGGAUCUCGUUCCGGUUUCGUCCCUCGAUGAGAUUGGACAAGUCACUUUCAAAGGAAUUCAGCAUUUGAAUCGAAUUCAAUCCGUUGUUUUUGACUCUGCCUAUCACACAAAUCAGAACCUUUUAGUAUGCGCGCCAACUGGGGCAGGCAAGACCAAUGUAGCAAUGCUGUGUAUUACUCAAGCCAUCAGACAAAAUAUCGUGAAUGGUGUCAUAAAAAAAGAUGCCUUUAAAAUUGUCUACGUGGCACCGAUGAAAGCUUUGGCCGCUGAGAUGACUGGAAGUUUUGGCAAGCGGUUAGCUCCACUGGGAAUUGCUGUUCGUGAGUUAACUGGCGACAUGCAGCUUACCAAAACCGAAAUAAUGAAUACACAAAUGUUAGUAACUACCCCUGAGAAAUGGGACGUGGUGACACGAAAACCUGGUGACGUAUCACUCACGCAACUGGUAAGACUCAUAAUUAUUGACGAAGUCCAUCUUCUUCAUGGGGAUCGUGGACCGGUCGUGGAAACUUUGGUGGCCAGAACAUUGCGACUAGUAGAAAGCUCUCAAACGGUGAUACGCGUGGUUGGACUCUCGGCCACAUUACCUAAUUACAUUGACGUAUCUAACUUCCUCGGGGUUAGCCCCAGAUCAGGGUUAUUUUUCUUCGACGGCCGUUUUCGUCCAGUUCCCUUGGCGCAGACUUUUGUGGGUAUCAAAGAUUACCGCGUGAUGCAACAAAUGAACGACAUGAACGAAUUAUGUUACGACAAGGUCAUCGAGUUCCUCAAAAAGGAUAAGCAGGUCAUGAUCUUCGUUCAUGCGCGGAAUGCUACGGUGAAAACAGGGAUGCUGAUGCGAGAAUUGGCUCAAAAUAAGGGACAGACCUCAUUGUUUGAGCCCCCCAGUUCUUCCCAUUUGGGCCAGGCCCGCAAUUCGGUGCUCAAAUCUCGAAACAAACAAUUGCGAGAGCUCUUCGAAGGCGGUAUUGGGUUUCAUCAUGCGGGUAUGUUGCGAACAGAUCGCAACCUGGUGGAAAAGUUCUUUAGUCAAGGUCUGAUCAAAGUACUUGUUUGUACUGCUACCUUGGCAUGGGGUGUAAAUUUGCCCGCACACGGCGUCAUCAUCAAGGGAACAGAAAUCUAUGAUUCCAAGCGAGGUGCAUUUGUAGAUCUGGGCAUAUUAGAUGUACUGCAGAUCUUUGGUCGUGCCGGCCGUCCUCAAUUUGAUAAGUCCGGCCACGGAAUUAUAUUGACCACUCACGAUAAGCUCAGCCAUUACCUGUCACUGAUGACCAAUCAGUUCCCCAUCGAAUCCAACUUCAUUGUCUUAAUCGCAGACAAUUUGAACGCCGAAAUCUCCCUAGGCACGGUAACCAAUAUCGAGGAAGGAGUCAAAUGGCUAUCCUAUACGUAUUUGUAUGUGAGGAUGAAGAAAAAUCCCCUUGUUUACGGAAUCAGUUAUCAAGAGCUUAGAGAUGACCCCCUCCUCGAAAUUAAGCGCCGUGAUAUCAUAACGGAUGCAGCAAAACGUCUUGACAAGGCAAAAAUGAUUCGCUUUGACGAGCGCACUGGAUAUCUUCACGCCACUGAUCUGGGCCGCACCGCCUCCCAUUUCUACAUCAAAUACGACACCGUUGAAGUGUUCAAUGAGCUCAUUAGACCUAUCAUGAACGAAGCAGAUAUUUUAGCGAUGGUUUCGCAAGCUCAAGAAUUUGAGCAGUUGAAGGUUCGGGACGAUGAAAUGGACGAGCUGGAUGAUCUCACCCAUGUCAAUUGUGAAGUACCCGUUUCUGGAGGCUCGGAAAAUGUUCAUGGGAAGGUCAACAUCUUGAUCCAGACUUACAUAUCAAGGGGACGUGUUAAUUCGUUUUCAUUGAUAUCUGACAUGAAUUAUGUUGUCACUAAUGCCAGUCGAAUUGUUCGAGCACUCUUUGAGAUUGUCCUGCGGAAAAAUUGGCCCCUUUUGGCUGGACGAGUAUUGAAAUUUGCUAAAACGAUCGAAAAACAAAUGUGGGAUUUUGAGAAUCCCUUAAAGCAACAUCCGUCGCUCAAGCCCGAUAUCUUGAGCAAACUGGAGCACCGCAAUUUUACUCUAGAUCGGCUGCGAGAUAUGGAUGGAAAGGAGAUAGGACAUCUGUUGCAUCACAUCAAAGCCGGUGGGGAGGUAAAGAAAGCGGCUUUUGAGAUUCCAUUGAUUGAGCUGGAAGCGACCAUUCAACCAAUUACCCGUACUGUCUUGAGAGUGCGCUUGAACAUCACUCCAAACUUCCGGUGGAAUGAUCGAAUCCAUGGAAUAUCUUCUGAGCCAUUUUGGUUGUGGGUCGAGGACCCAGAGAACAAUCACAUUUAUCAUCACGAAUACGUCCUGCUCUCGAAAAAGCAAGUUAAGAUAAAUGAAACCCAAGAAGUGGUGUUCACGAUUCCCAUCUUCGAGCCCCUGCCAACCCAGUACUACAUCCGGGCCAUCUCGGAUCGCUGGAUUGGAAGUGAGAAUUAUACGGCUAUCUCGUUUAAGCAUCUGAUCUUGCCUGAGCGACACACUCCUCCCACGGACCUUUUGGAUCUUCAGCCGCUUCCCGUGUCUGCUCUAAACGACAAGCAGUUCGAAAUGCUAUACAAAUUCUCUCAUUUCAACGCCAUUCAAACGCAAAUAUUUCACACGCUUUACCACUCUGACCGAAAUGUGCUUUUGGGCGCCCCUACAGGAUCAGGAAAGACGAUCGUCGCUGAAAUUGCCAUGUUGAAGGUGUUCAGAGACUUUCCCAAAGCCAAAGUUGUUUACAUUGCUCCCAUGAAGGCUCUUGUCCGCGAAAGAAUGGAAGAUUGGAAAAGGCGUUUGGAGGGUACUCUGAGGAAGAAAGUAGUCGAGCUCACGGGAGAUGUAACUCCGGACAUGCGAGCUAUUCAAGAGUCAAGCGUAAUCGUAACCACUCCUGAAAAAUGGGAUGGAGUAUCUCGAUCUUGGCAGACUAGAAAUUAUGUUCAGGAAGUGGCCUUGAUCAUUAUUGACGAGAUCCACCUAUUGGGCGAAGAUCGUGGACCGGUCCUUGAAGUGAUCGUCUCCCGCACCAACUUCAUAUCCUCUCACACGAGCCGAAACUUAAGAAUCAUUGGUCUUUCCACAGCCCUUGCCAAUGCACGUGAUCUAGCCGAUUGGCUGGGCAUCGGUGAAAACGGUUUAUAUAACUUUCGACCUUCAGUUCGACCCGUUCCACUUGAGGUGCACAUCUCGGGCUUUCCAGGCAAACAUUAUUGUCCCCGAAUGGCUACCAUGAAUCGACCGGCUUUUCAGGCCAUUCAACAACACUCUCCAACAAAGCCUUCCUUAAUCUUUGUUGCUUCACGUCGUCAGACACGUGCCACGGCUUUUGAUUUGAUAUCUAGUGUAUCUGAGCAAAACGAUCCGCGCAUGUGGGUGCACAUGCCUGAAAAUGAAAUGGAGAGAGUGGUCCAAUCCAUCAAAGACCAAAAUUUGCGACAUACACUUGCGUUUGGAAUUGGAUUGCAUCAUGCAGGAUUGGUUGAGCGUGACCGGAAAACAGUAGAGGAGCUCUAUGUUAACCAGAAAAUCCAAGUGCUUAUCGCUACCGCCACCGUGGCUUGGGGUGUGAACUUCCCAACGCAUUUGGUCAUCGUCAAAGGAACCGAGUAUUUUGACGGAAAACUUAAGCGUUACGUCGACAUGCCAAUCACGGACGUUCUUCAAAUGAUGGGACGAGCAGGGCGUCCCCAGUAUGACGAUAAGGGAGUGGCUUGUGUCUUUGUGCAUGAUGUCAAGAAGCACUUUUAUAAGAAGUUUUUGUACGAGCCAUUUCCGGUUGAGUCGAGCCUUCAUAGUGUGCUUCCAGACCAUUUGAACGCCGAAAUUGUGGCUGGCACCAUUCAAACUAAGCAGGAUGCCUUAGACUACAUUACUUGGACGUACUUUUUUCGAAGGUUGAUUCAAAAUCCCACCUAUUAUGGCUUAGAAGGAGUGGAUGAGACUAACUUGAACCAUUUCCUCACGGAAACCAUCGAUGGAGCCCUGUACACCCUAGAAAGCUCGUGCUGCAUUGAGAUUGACGAUGAUGGGAAAGGCAUCCAGUCAACUGUUUUGGGUCGUAUCGCCUCCUACUACUACCUCUCUCAUGAAACAAUUGGCCAAUUCAACAACGAACUAAGCCCAGAAAUGCAGACCGAAGAGCUUCUGAAGGUCCUUUGUGAUUCAAAGGAAUACUCAGAAUUGCCAGUGAGACACAACGAAGACCAAAUGAAUACAGAGUUAGCCAAACUCUGUCCCAUUACCUUGAACCCCUAUGAUAUGGACAGUCCCCAUCAGAAAACUCAUUUGCUCCUCCAGAGUCAUUUUUGUCGAAACCUGUUGCCCAUUCAGGAUUAUCACACAGAUACGAAGUCAGUCAUGGACCAAGCCAUUCGAAUCCUACAAGCCAUGAUUGAUGUGGUAGCGGAUUUGGGUUGGCUCAAGACAACCCUACAAAUACAAGUGUUACUUCAAAUGGUUAUUCAAGGACGCUGGCACACGGAUUCCUCCUUGAUGUGCUUACCCAACGUGGAUAGCCACGAAGCCUCGUUGUUUGCCCGAAUUAAAAACGAUCACUCUUCUCCUAUUCAGAGUUUACCGGAAAUUCUUCAUUCCUUAGGUGAUCGAGAGAGCGUCGCCUCAGUACUUCGAUCGGAUCUUUGUGAGUCUGAGAUUUCAGACAUUUUCCAAGCCAUCGAUCAGUUUCCCCAAAUGCACCCACGAUUAUCUAUUUGCUCUAUCGGGGGUACAAAGCACAUCAUCAACCUGUGUGAUGAAGCCUCGAAUUCGCAUGUGAAACAGGCCUGGAUUAAAGUGGGUCUAGACAAGGAAUAUCGGUUAUCUGUUGACCUUCAGAGGAACAACAAGUUUUUGCAUCGUGACGGCAAAGCAUUUGCACCCAAAUUUCCCAAGCCCAAGGAUGAAGGCUGGUUCUUAGUGCUGGGCUGCAUUGAUGACAAAGAACUAGUGGCCUUAAAGCGGGUUGGAAGUUCGAACGGUGGUAGGAAGAAAAACGGUUCCGAUCAACAUCAACUCACCUUUUUUACCCCCGAGAAGCCGAGCAAGAUGGUCUAUACCUUGUUCAUCAUGUCAGAUUGUUACUUGGGUUUGGAUCAGCAAUACGCUCUCCAUUUGGACGUCGUUGAAGAGUGUCAAAAUAUUGAGAACGAAGAGGAUACCGAUUUCGAGGAUGACGAAGCUCGCUUUGCUUUACUUCGAGAAGAAAAAACCAGAAUUGAGCAAAAUUUGUAACAAAAGCUGAAGAACAACGUCAAUGUCAAUGCCCAGAACGAUUUCAUUAUGGUUAAGGCCCGGCGAGAUAUAUUAUCCAGAAAAUAACUAGAUACAUCGACACUACCAAGGUGGCGAAGAGACAAACAACAAGGCCAACAAAAGCAAUCAAGAGGAGGAAAAUGGACCCAUCUGCUGAAUCUGUAAUCCCCUGCGCAGAAAAAAAGGAAGAGGACCGUCAGACAUUUUAAACUAGGUUAUUUUCUUGAACUCAAUUCGAAAUGGUUAGUUCAAAAUGAUUAAGCGAUUGUGAUUACUCCUGUAAUGAUGUUAGUCAACGUUCUUAUAAUACGAUUGGUUACGCUGUCUAA